AAUGGCAGCUAUGUAUUGAUGUGAUGUCGAAAAGUUAAUUUAUUUUACAAAAUUCUGUGAAAUUUGCUAAUGAACCUUUGAAACUCAUUGUUAUUAAAUCCCGCAACAUGCGUUGCCUAUUAGUUAUAUUCGCUUUGGCCGCUACAGGCGCAGUCUGUGUGUCGGGGCAGUCGUAUGAAGAUAAGCGGUGCAAGUGUGUGUGUCCGAGCCCCUCCGCAGUCCUCAACAACAACUCGACUAGUAACAACACCACAUCGGAUAGGAAACUCUACAUUGCCAAUGUACACCCUAAUAAAUGUAACUGUGACGGGGUGAUUUUGCCACAAGUGGGAGAGCUCAUCAAGGGACGGGAGCAGGAGUUCUGCCCUCGCUGCGAGUGCAAGUACGAGAACAGGAACACCACCAUUAUCAAGGUGGUGGUGAUAAUAGUGAUCUGGGUUAUAAUGCUGCUGGUGGUCUACAUGGGCUUCCUUAUAUGUCUGGACCCGCUCAUCAACAAGCGAGCUAAGGCGUCUUACCAAGAACACACCAACGAAGACGAUGAAUCCUCCACUGUGGGCCCUUCAGGUCAGCCGACGGGCGUGCGGGGCAACGUGCUGAACCGAGUCACUCACCAGCAGGACAAGUGGAAGCGACAGGUACGCGAGCAGCGACGCAACAUCUACGAUAACCACACUAUGCUCAACUAGAACUAGUAGUCCGAUCGACGGGGUCCGCGGGGCGCCUGGACUAUCUCCCCGUCCGACUCCAUAGUGGGUGACGUUAUUUUGUACUUUGUAUUAACGCUU